AUGUUUUCCCCCGCUGUCGCCGAGGGCGGCCCGGCCACGGCCACCCGAUCUCGCCGUCGAAUGCGCCCCAAGAGCUCGGAAAGCCUUCUUCAGCAGCCAAAGGCCAAGCGUCAGCGCCUCCCACUUUCCGAGCAGACUUUCGUCGAACCUGCUCCCCAACCGGAGAUCCCCGAAGCCAAGCCCGAGAAGUUGGCGAUGGUCGAGGCCAAGAGCCAUGAUAUACCCGUCAUACCCAUGGGCACCUUCCAUCCCACACCGCGCAAGGAGUCGAAUCUGCGGACGAAAAAGCCGAAGCACGGAGAUCGAGCCACCAACAAGGGCGAUGGAAGUCUUGUUCUGACGAGCAACAAUGCCUUCACCGUCUCCAAGCUGCCUGCUUUGCCGGAUAGAAUCAGGUCCGAUUGGACAGGAACGCAACAUGCCGACAUCUUCUCAUCCUUCGGAUACGCCUUGACGCUGACCCCGGCUCAUGCCAUCGUUUGGCCCUACAACUCCACAUCGCAGUCACCCGAGACUUUCACCUUCACGCUUCCUUCCGCCUCGAAACCCUCCGACCCUCUACCCGUAGGAUGCCUCGUAUCACCCUCCGCCUCGUCGACCGAGCCCGGCCUGGUUGUCGUCAUGUCCGGCAGUGGAAAGGUGGUGUACUGGGAAUCCAUAUCGAGCGCCGCGACCUUUGCCUUCAUCAAGAAGGAUCGAUCCGGUGUGGAAUACAUGACUUCCGGCAUGUCGUCUGGCGAAAAGGUUGUCGCCAUCACCAACGCCGAGUCGGCAGGUUUCAUCCUCACCUUCAACUCCGGACGGCUGGCCUACAUGGCCGUGCGAGACAGCCAUGGACGGCCGGCAAUUUCAGUGCAAUUUCUACCCUCGAGCCUCGCCACCUCCGGCAGCGGCAUCUUCGGAAGCAUUCGCCACGCCUUCUCCCACCUUUCCCUCCGAGGCGACAUCGCAGCAGUCCGUGCCGAUCGAUCCGCCCGCGUCGGUGAGCGGAGCAUUGUCGCCCUCACGAGCAAAGGCAAGCUGCAAUCCUGGAAGGUUCAUCGGGGUGGUCACAACGAACCAUGCGGCGAGGCAGACUUGCGAGAGCGCCUCGCCACCGCCCUCCAGGACGCCGAUCCGCUCAGUCAGGAUUUUCCUACCGACUCCUUGGAAGCCAUCGACUUCACCUUUGUCCCCAAGGGCCUCGAGCCCAAGUAUCUGGAGCUGAGCAGGCUGAGCGAUGCCAUGGCCGACGACAACCCCGCCGUCCAGCACUUGCUCUUGCUCAUCAGCUUGACGCGAGGUAACGUAUCUCGAUAUGCCUUGAUCGAAGCCAUCUUGUCGCGCGACGAGUGCCAGAUCGGCAUGGUCCGACCCAUCACCUCCUAUUCCACCCCCUUCUCCCUGUCGGACACGUCCCAGAGCGCAAGACCUCGCAUCUAUCUUCCACGCCCAGCUCUCGUCGCCUUUGUCGUCUUCGAUCGCGCCGCCGUCCUUGCCUCUGUGGCGAUCCCGCCCGAGUCCCCCGACUCGCAGCUGCAGUCGGACAACCGCAUCCUGCCCGCCUCCUUCGAGGAUGUCAUCGAUUUUCGGGAAGACAAAGUUCACGAAAUUCUCGGAUCCGGCUUGGAAGAGUCGCUGCCGGUGGCCGGCGCCCACGACGAGGGUCGAAUCACGCGCCACAAGACCAAGAACCCGGCCGUUGUCCUCAUGGUCCGAGGUGCAGGCGUCGUGAGGAUCGUGACGACCGACGUCGACAAGUUCGCCAGCGACCAGCCUCCUCAGGUAUCUGCGAAGAGCAAGCUGGAGCAGGCCGUGUUUUUCGGAGCCAAAACGGAUAACCCGCUCAUAUUUGACGGGCGACUAGAUUUCAACUUCACAAAGGAGGAAUUGGCCGCGGCGGCGCUCGACGUCAGCCAGGAGAUUUUGAGCUCAACAACCCCUUACAUAUCGACACUACCCGUCUCCCUAGAGGACAACCUUCGCGCGCGCGCGGAUGCGCUCGAGAGGCUCGUACUGCAUCUUCGAGCCAUCGGUGCGACUCUGGAUCGAAGCACACGCUGGAAACUUUUGCACAACGCCGAGAAGAUGCACGUUGCAGCUCUUCUCUGGAAGCGGCAGGAAGUAUUCACCGCGAACCGGCCUGCGGAUGACAAGAAGAGUUUGGUCGGCCUGAUUGUCGAAUUCAUUCAAGAAGGUCAAAAAACCGGCCCGGCCGCCCACAAGGGUGAUGUGGAUCCCGUUCGCUACUGGUUCGUCAACGACAUCUACCGCCUGGAAAUCUUCGUUGCUUGGUCCUACGAGGUCAUCAAGGUCUUGUACAGAGACAAGGCCAUCGACGACGUCAAGGUUACCGUCUUGAUGAGCGAGGCGAUCCAAAUCAACGUCAACACCCACCAGGGCGCCCACGAUUUCCGACGAGCCAACCUGACUCUCUACGGACUCGGAGACGAGAAGCUGCGCAUGGGAAUCCUCCCCGAUGGCUACGAAGGGCUCCCGGAACCUUGGACUGGUUGCAUGUACAUUGCGAAUAAUCUGAAACGGCUGAGCGACCUUGCGGACCAAUGGUUCAAGAAGCACGAGCACGUCCAGGCCGCGCCAAGAGCACCGCACCAGCCGGAUCCUACUGUCAUUACCGAGAUCUUCGACGACCUCCCGGCCGUUACCGACGCCAUGCUCACCGCCGUUCUGGAGCACGCCCGCUGGGGCUUGGCCAACUCGGAGAACAAGGCAGAGGCACAGGAAUACGUCAAGACGUACGACACCGAACGACACAACAAGCCUGUCUUCCUCGCCCAGUUCGGAAAGUGGGAGGAGGGUGCCAAGAUUGCCGAGAAACACGGCUGCCUCAGCGCCUUGGCUGUCAUCUUGCUCGAACACAUCGGUGCGCUGGAGUCUCGGCUGGCGACCACGACGCUGACGGCUGCCGAGACCAAGAGCUUGAACGCGCUGCGGCAGGCCAAAAAGUCUCAACUCGAGGACUCGUUUGGAAAAUACGGGGAACCGUUUGCCUUUCCCGUGUACGAUUACCUGCUCGAGAAGCACGGUGUCGCCGACGUUCUCGAUUUUGGACUGGAUACCCUUGGUUUCAAGACGAAGUUCCUUCGAAGCAGACCGAACCUGUCUCGUGUUUCCUGGAUCCACGAUGUUCAGCAGGAAAAGGAUGUGGCCCACGCAGCCGACACGUUGCUGGACCUCGCCUUGACGAGGGAGGACCAGGUCUGGAAGAGGAAGAUUGAGCUGAGCCUCGGCAAGCUCGCACUGAUGGCCGAGGCGGAAAAGAAGCCCAAGAGCCAGCAAGGGCUUACGGUUAAAUCUGACGAAUCUCGCCGCGAAGAGAGACUUCGAAAGGUGGACGACGAGUUGAUUGUUGUCAAAAUUCAGGAUCAGCUCUACGGCCAGAUAUUCCCGAGCACCUACGACGCUGUUGACAAGGCGGCGGCUUUGAAUUUUGCGCUCGAGGCGCACAGCACCAACGUUCCCAGACGGCAAAAGGCCCUUCUGCAGCUGUUUACCGAUGGCAUGGAGAAGCUGCUGGACCACCAAGCGCUCGACCCCAUGUACCUCAUCGACCUUCUGACACUUGUAUCUUUGGGCCCCGAAUCGAAGGAGGAAAUCCCUCACCCGUUUUGGAUGGCUCUGAAAGUUGCUGAGAGCGCAUGCAAGAGUGACGAGAUCAAGGCGGCGAAGAAGCUGAUCUGGAGGCGUCUGUUCAUCCGCGACGACUGGGCCAAGAUCAACGACACGCAACACAAGGACGAUGCCGAGGUCGUGGAGCGGAUUGCUGAAACAGAACUGUUCGCCAUGUUUACAGACUGCAUCCGAUUCCGCUUUGCAGAGGAUGCACGUGACCCGUUUCGGUAUACAAAGCCGGAGGAUGUGCUCGGUGCCUUCACCGACGGUCUAGAUCGUCGAUUCCAAUCUUUUUCGAAGAACGAGCAGACGAAGCUGAUGGAUGCCAUGCGUUGGGAGGAUAAGGUCCUCACUCAGUACAUGGAGAAGCAUCAUCUGACGGAAUGGGUGCGAUCUGCCUUCGAGACGGCUCAGAGUGAAGUGGAUGACAUGACGGAAAACGCCAUGCAGGACGGUGUCUCCGGUGCCGAUCUCCAUGAAGCCUUUCCCCCAUUCGGCCAUGCCCCCGUCUCGUUUGAAACGGAAUAG